GAGACGGAGGUGGUGGUAUCAGACAUGCCACUCAGCUGGGCCGUGCUGGGCUUCCUCUACACCGGCUCUUUCUUCUACCUCUUGAGCUCUGAGAAGCUGUGGGAGAAGUCGGAGAAAGACCCCUCCAGGCUCUGUCCUUGGGAAUGCCUGGUCUUUGUCCAGAUGUGGCCCAGCUCCUUCUGCGUGUUUCUGCCAAGCAAGUAUGACUGUGUCAUGUCCGAGAAGCCCAAGAACUGGACCAUCCAUGGAUUGUGGCCCAGCGAUGUUCAGAAAUGCUGCCCCUAUUGGCGUCUCUUCCCUUCCGACCUGACAAACCUGGUGCCCGAACUGAACCGUCACUGGCCAACUUUCACCAAUCUGAGCAACUUCCAGUUUUGGGAGAAAGAAUGGGAAAAACACGGGACUUGCGGUGGCUGCAUCGAAACCCUGAAUAGUCCGAAGAAAUUCUUCGGGGCUGCACUUUUCCUGCACACCAAAUACAAUAUUGACAGGUGA